AUGCUCAACUUUGUUCUUUUUAUUGUGUGUAUGGCAACUGUCGCAAACACACUAUUUUACCUUUCUGUCACUCAAGACAUUAAAUUCACACCAAACGAAGAUUCUUCGCUAGAUGGUUUACGGAAAUAUGGCGAGUCCUUUCACAAAGUUGCCAUCGACAGGGUGAAUGAUUUUGUUAAGUACGGCGGGAAAUUACAAAAUGCCACCUCUAUGAUGAUGCAGCAGUUGUUGGAAAAAAGGCAGAGAAUGAGCGGUGGAAUGACCAUCACCGAUAUGUAUGAUAUACUGUGGCAAAAAACAAAACUCGCCCACGCCUCGGCCAUGGAUAAAAUUUACGAUCUGUAUCAUCAGUUUAGGUCAAGACAAUCGAACGAAGUAGAGAGUGACUUUGACGAAGAUAUAGGGGACCCAGUAUUUCUUGAAAUGUUGGAAAAUCUUACCAGAGUGGAAGUGAUCGAGAACGAGAAUGUAAUCCCAAGUAAUGCUACCGUCAUUGGUGUUCUACCCAAUGACACAGACUUGUCAACAAACGGAUACAUUGCACAAUCUCCCCCAGAUGCAGGUUCAUCUUUGUUGCCAGAGACGUCACCGAUUCACCCCUCUUCCAAACUACCAUUGGACAUAACGGCGCAUUGGAACGAUAUACGCCUUGUAUACAACCGUGUCGAUAAAUGCGGUAGUCAAACGCUAUUGGCAGUAAUCGGCAUUCUCUCAUUUGAUAACGACUACAGAAGUAUUUGGAGUCGUGUCUGGAAUAUCUACAACGUCACUGAAACUCGUCAGAAAUGGAUAGCAAGUAUUAUCAACAAACAGAAACCGCCGUACAUUUUUAAUCGUCAUCUCCAUUAUUUGAAUUUGAGUAAGUUCGGAUUUGAACAGAUUCCUUAUAUUAACAUAAUCCGUGACCCCCUACCUAGAUUCAUUUCACGUUACUACUUUAAAAGAUUCGGUGAUAACUUGCAACCGAACGAAGAUUUUCAAGGCAACAGAACACAAACUUUUGAUGAGUGCGUUUUUGAAAAUAAACCGGAGUGUAUGGAAGAAAUGGCGUUUCAGAUGAUACCAUACUUCUGUGGACAGGAGCCCGAGUGUCGAGUUCCGUCCCGAUGGGCUCUAGAGAUGGCGAAGAAUCGAGUUGUAAGCGAUUACGUAUUUGUUGGAGUUUUAGAAGACUUUGAACAAUCACUUCGUAUCUUUGAAAUAUUAUUACCACAGUUCUUCGAAAGCGGCCUCAAAGUCUAUAAAACCAUGAUAUUCGGCUUAAAGAAAUACGAAGAAUUCCAAUCCCCGGCGAAAUUUACGCCAUCAACGAUGGCUUUAGAAAUAAUGAGUCAGCGACUCGCUCUGGAAUACGAAUUUUAUGAUUUUGUAAGAGCUCGGAUGGAAUUGAUCAAGGAACAACUGCAACUUGCUUAA